GUUCCAUGUAAUCCUGAAAAUAAUGUGUGUAAAUUGAUAGAAUAUCGUGGUGCCAAAAUCGCUGCAUUUGUUGUGGAUUCGAGAGAAUUGAUAUGUUUACCGCAAGUUUUUGAAUUGUUUUUGAAACAUCUUGUUGGAGGACUACAUACAGUUUAUACAAAACUAAAAAGAUUGGAUGUGACACCAACUGUCUGUAAUGUGGAGCAGGUCCGAAUUCUCCGUGGACUCGGAGCCAUUCAACCAGGCGUCAACAGAUGUAAACUUAUUUCUUGUAAAGAAUUCGAUCUGCUGUAUGAGGAUUGCACAAAUUCAAGG